CAUACGUAAAGUGUUGUGCUCAAUUCAGAAAUGUGAAGGAUACGGCACUCGAAUAAAAAGCCCUGAAUUCCAGCACAAGUUUCUUCCUUAGUCUCUAGCGCCUUUCUUUCUUUCUAUAGUAUAUAUAUAUAUUCCCCGCUUCUGAUGUUUCUUUAAUACAGUUUUUCUGGUCCAGUUGAUUAGAGUGGUAGAGUGCAAACACAAUGGCCGAAAUUGGGGAUCGAGGAGGUCGCGGGUUCAAAUCCGGGUUGAGCCGCGCCGAGGUGCUUCUGGGCUUAGCUCAAACUGCGGGGGAACAAACAGAGGAGACAUUGAAGGAGCUCCACGAACAAGAGAUCUUCUGGGGCGACAAGGAAGCUGAACAAAAUGGCUUUGAAUCCAAUUUGUUUGGCAUUUUACAGUCGAGAAGUAAGAAUCGUAAGGAAAAAUCUGCUUGGAGUAAUAUAUUUCCACACGGAGGAAAGAGAUUGGGUGAAUUUGAGGAAUACCGCAGUUAUGAAUCAGCGCCUGUGAAUGUUCCUCAUUGGCCGCGAAGCAAAAUCUCAGAGGCUUUUCUAGAGGAGGACGAUGAAAUGAUCGUGAGGCCUCCUCACGAGCUCGUUGCUCAGUAUAAUAAUAAUAGUACGAGUUUUUCUGUCGUUGAAGGAUAUGGUCGGACUCUGAAAGGAAGAGAUCUCAGAAGGGUACGCGAUGCCGUUUUUCGGCAGACUGGCUUUGUAGACUAAGUUAUCGGAUGGAUAAGCAUAAGCAGGCAAUGUAUCACCAAACGUACACGUUUUUCUUUUCUUCUUGUAAGUUGUUGGAAACGGCAAGUUUUUAGGCGAUUCCGUUUUGUAUUGUGCACUGUGAUUUCCUCCAAUUGUGAUGGACUUCACUGUAGCAUUAUAAUAAUAUAAAAUUAAUGAUAGAUAGGAUGAGUUUUUCUACUGGGCAA